UAUAAAGUAGGAUAUGCGAAGUUUAUAACCAAGUGACAUAAGUCGAGAAAAGUUUGAGAUUAUUGUAGCAGAUCUGGAAUCUUGCAGAAAGAAGACAAAACCAAGAACACUUGAUUUACAUGAUAUAUUUUGUGGAGUGUUAUACGUGUUAAAAAGUGGUUGCCAGUGGAGAAUGGUAUCAAAAGAGUUCCCAAAAUGGCGCAAUUGUUACGACUAUUUUAAGAAGUGGAGUGAAAAACCAGAUGUAAAUAAAGAAAGUGUUCUGGAGCUGGUAUUAAAAAAAAAUAAUUGCGACAAAACAAUGGUCGGAAAAGCUUCUGCAUAAUUGAUGCACAGAGUAUAAAAAAUGCAGAUACUGCUGAAGCUAUGAUGCAGGCAAGAAGAUUUCAGGGCCGUAUUGCAGUAGAUACGCAAGCAUGCAAUUUAUACAACAACAGCAGAGAUAACUGACCGUAGCAGUGCUGUGAGAAUGGUCGAAAAUGCAAAAGAAAACCUCUCGGGAGUUAAAAAUGUACUGGUUGAUGCAGGCUAUACUGGAGAGAAUUUUGUAACUCAAAUAAAAACGAUUAUUGGUGCAACCGUUGAAGUGAUCAAAAGAAAUGAAUUACGUUCCUUUGUUGUAUUGCCCAAAAGAUGGGUUGUGGAGCGAUCUUUUGCUUGGUUAGAAAAAUGUAGAAGAUUGUGGAAAAAUUGUGAGCGAAAACUCAAUACUAGCCUACAAAUGGUCGUUCUGGCUUUCACUGCCUUACUUCUGAAAAAAUUAUGAACAGGCUCUUACUAACUCUUAUCUAAUAAAAAAAAUACUUGUGUAACUUCGAAUAGUCUAUUAUGCAAGACAGCAGUAUAAACAUGUAGUAAGAAAUGUAUAAUGAAAAAUAAAAGCUCAAGUUUAACACUUGCAGUUAUUUUUACACAAUUAAGUAAUCAUAAAAGUUAGUGUAGGACGAGGUUAUACAGUUUGAUUUCUUUUAAUAUAUGUUAAUUGGUAUAAUAUAAAUAUAGUUAAGGAGGCGUAUUAUGACUGGAAGUUUGGCUAAGGAAGAAAAAACAGCAGAGGCAGGAAAAACAAGUAAUCAGUCAGAGAAUUAUGAUGUUGAAUCAGUUAUAAGGGUAGCAUCAUGUGCUUGGAAUGCAAUACAUUGCUUGUUGGCAUCUUAUGAAUACGAUCUAUAUUCGUCAUGGCUUGAAUCGCAUUUUACAUCCCUCAAGGACUGUAUCAAUAAAAUGGAAAAAGACAAUUCUUUCACUAAGGACUCUGCUAUAAUAAAGUUCUGCCGCUCAAUUGCAGAAAAUAAUAAAUUAUACAAAGAGUUAAAAAAUUUAAAUAAUCCUGCUGAAAAAUUUUCUCAAUUAGAGAAGAUAAUAACAGGCUUUAAACUAAAAGACCUAGAAGACAAGGUAAGCUUCUUAAUGCUUUUGAAAGAAGAAAGUGACUUCACUGCUAUACAGAAGGCUUAUAGAGAUGAGUGGAGUUUUUAUGACCUAAUAAAUGAUAGAGAUUUUAAAAAAACGUACAUAGAUAAAGCAGUAACAGAGUCUGCUAAUAAGAGCUUUAAGAAAGAUAUAGAUAAAUGCAUAAAGUUGGCAGAGCAGGGAAAAAAAGCUGCAAGUAAAUAUCUUGGAAGGAAAGGCGUAGAGCUUCAAGCUUAUUACACAGAAACUGAUAACGCUUAUAGAGUUUUGAAUAUCAACUCUAUUAAUUACAAUAGAAGUGAGCCAACCAGGAUGAGUGACAUUUUACAGCAAGAGAAAGAUAUUAAAGAGCUGAAUAUCUAUUGCAAUAAAAAACAUGAAAUACACGCUCAUCGGAAAGGUAAGGAAAGAUAUUAUGAAUUUAAAGAGGGCGCAUAUUAUGAAAUGAAAAGCACUUGGCCUGUAAAGGAUGGAUCCGAAAUGUGUACCAUGAUUAUAAAUGUGAGUAGCGAUGGCAUAACUGAAGUACUAAAAUUUAAUGAUGAAGAUUUUGUGCUAUCGGAUGAGAUCUUAGAAUUGAUAAAGCAAAAUGAUGAAUUAUAUAUUCAAGGUCUCUCCUUAUAUGAUGCUGUACUAGAAAAAGUGGCCUAUCGCAAGGAACCAGAGGGGGAAUUAGACCCUAAAGUUGAUGCUGACAAUAGCCUUCCUCCUUCUAUUAAUAGCAAUGCAUCAACUCAAACGGAAGUCAAUUUACAACACACUGAAACUCAAACAGAAGUUGCUUCACAACAAAUCGAAACUAAAACGGAAGUCAAUUUACAGCACACUGGAACUCAGACAGAAUUUGCUUCACAACAAAUGGAUGAAUUGAUUUUAAAUAAUCAGAUGCUGUCCGAAAAAAACGUUGAAUUGAAGCAAGAAAUGUCAAAUUUGAAAAAAGAAGCUGUUGAAUUGAAGCAAGAAAUAGAAGCAGGGUUGCAAGUGAUAAAUAAAAAGCACCAUGAAUUAAUACAAGAAAAUCAGCGACUACAGGAGAAACUAGAAACAACCCAAGCAGAAGCUAAUCAAACAAUUGUAAAGUUAGAGAAGCAGAAUAGCAAUUUACAAGACAGGUUUGAAAAAGAGGAGCAAAAAAACACGGAAUUGCAAACUGAACUGGCACAAAAAAAUGAAGAAUUAGCAGGUGUGUUAAAAGAGCUACAAGGGAAAGCACAAGAACUUAAAGGUGUAUAUGAAGAAAAAAGAAACCUAAAGGAAGAGCUGAAAAUUGUUAAUGCAGGAAAGAAGAAUUUGGAAAAAGAGCUAAAUCAAGCACGAGAAGAUGCGGAACAGAUAAUGGUUGAACGACGCCAGCAGAAAGAGCGCUUGAAAGAUCAGCUAAGAGAAUUAGAUCAGGAAUAUAAGGUACAAGUAGAAAUUGAGCAAAAGAUUAAAGAAUCAGAUAGGCAGGAUAGCGAUUUACAAGAUACACUUGGAGAAGAGAGACUAAAACUCAACAUUGAAGAACUAGAAAACGAGUACGAGGAAUUUCCAGGAGAUAAGGUGCUUACACUUGAACUCACUAAAGAUGAAGAUAAAGUCGAAGAGUUAAGAAACGAGCUAGAGCGUGAGAAAGAAAAGUGUAAACAAUUAUUAGAAGAAGAAAAUGAAUGGGGUGAUGAAUUGGUAGGAAUGCUUGAUGGACUGGAAGAAAAAAUUCGUGCUGAUGAACAAAGGAGCUUCAACAAUCAAUUAACGGGAGAAAUUUCUAAUGAGUCUGGUAAUGCUCCACGACAGAAGAAAAGGUUAUCCAAAUCUUCAAGCGUUGAUAAUGAGUCUUAUGUUCCACUGAGAGAGAAGACAACAUUACUCAGAUCUUUAAGCGUUGAUAGUGGACUUGAUAGCGAUGAAGAAAAUUGUGAUAAUGAUUUAUCUUUCAACAUAAGUCCUAUAAGUUCUAUUGAGAAGGUGGCAGAGAGUAGAAACGUAGGUAGGGUAUCAUUGUGAAGAUGGUUGGGGUUAAGUUGCAACUUAAGUGGGGCGCAAAAGGUCUUUUGUGUUGAUAAUAAUUUAAAAUCU